AUGGAGGACAAAAAAAAAGUGGAGGAAGAUUUAGAAUCGAACAAGUACGAUAUUGAUGAGGAGGAUCUGCUUGAUGAUGAAGGAAGACUGAAUGAAGAAGAGAGACAAGCCGAACUGGAAGGAGAAAGUUUAUUUGAAGAGGAUGAAGGGUUUAUUUUUGGCGCUGAUGAUGAGAAAAAGGAAAUGCAAAGGCUUAGAAAUUUAGGUCUGGAUAAUGAUGAAUAUGAUGACGAUUUUAUUGAUGACGAGUUAGAUUAUGAAGACAAUUUAAAGGCAAGAAGAGCAGCAGAAAGGCAUAUACAAAUGCAAAGAAAGCAAGAAGGAAGAUAUGAAAAAAAUAAAUUUUACAAAAUUUUAGAAGACCAAUUAGAAGGAGAUGAUGAUGAGGAAGAUAUCUUUGAUAAGGUAGCAGAAAAGGUUGCAAAAAGAAGAGAAAAUAUUCACCUAUCUGCAGAAGAAACAGAUAUUCCUGAUUUGUCCAACUUAGAGAGUGCAAAAAUAUGUUUAUCUGUUAAUCCUAAAGAUGUAAUAUUUGAUGAGAGAUAUCAACAAGCAGCAGAUACUUGUUUUCGUUAUUUUUUACACAAAUUUUCUUUAAAAGAUUCGAUGGUUUUAAAUGUGGACAAUUCUCCACAUUUAGGGGAUAAUGAAGAUGAAAAUAUGAAUAGUUCUCAUCAAUAUUAUAUUGAUAAAAUUGAAAAGAUGAUAUUAAAUGAUAAACAUACUUUAAUAGUAUCAGCGAAACAUUUAAUUCAAUUUCACUGUGAAAAUUUAGUUCAGUGGAUAGAGUUUAAGCCUGAACAAAUAUUAGAAGUAUUGCAUGAAUGUUUAAUGGUAGAGGCAUAUAGAAUAUCUCCAAAAUUAUAUAAAGGAAGAAUCUGUAAAGUAGUUUUAAAAGAUUGGCCAUAUUCAACACAGUUGAGAAAUCUAAGAUGUACAGAAUUGAAUACAUUAAUUAAAGUAACGGGGGUUUGUAUUAAAAGAGGUUAUGUGUUACCAAAAUUGAGAGUAAUGUAUUUAAAAUGCAAUUCUUGUGAUACUACAUUAUCAGAAGUACCUAUAUAUUUUUCCGAUGGGAAGAAACCAAUAUUACCUAGAAGAUGCCCUCAUUGCCAAUCGGCAACCUUCUCUGUUGAUAGAGUAAAAACUGCCUAUACAGAUUUUCAAAAAAUUACAUUACAGGAGUCACCUAGUUCUGUUCCAGCAGGUAGAGCACCAAGACAAAGAGAAGUAAUAGUAACUGGCGAUCUAGUUGAUAAGGUAAAACCAGGAGAAGAAGUCGAAGUUUUAGGUAUAUAUAAAACGAAAUAUGAUAUAGGACUGAAUAUAAAAUAUGGUUUUCCAAUAUUACAAACCGAAAUUGAAGCUAAUAAUAUAGAAAGAAAAGAAGAUAUUCAAUUAAGUGAAUUAACAGAAGAUGAUAUUAAAGAUAUUUUAAAAUUAUCAAAAGAUCCGAAUAUAAGGGAACGAAUUAUUACAUCUAUUGCACCUGCCAUAUGGGGGCAUAAAGAUAUUAAAACUUCUAUAGCUUAUGCAUUAUUUGGUGGAGUACAAAAAGGAGGAGAAAAAAAUAGUUCAAAAAAUAAUGAAGCAAAUAAUUUUGGUAUGCAAAAUAGAGAUAUUUUAAACACUUUUAAAGGAGGACAUACUAUUAGAGGUGAUAUCAAUGUACUAUUGCUAGGGGAUCCAGGUUUAGGUAAAUCUCAAGUAUUACAGUAUGUUCAUAAAACGAACCUUAGAACUGUUUAUACUACUGGUAAAGGUGCUUCAGCUGUUGGUUUAACUGCUGGUGUAAGAAAAGAUCAUACUACAAAUGAAUGGACAUUAGAAGGUGGUGCAUUAGUACUAGCAGAUGAAGGUAUUUGCAUCAUUGAUGAAUUUGAUAAAAUGACAGAUAAGGAUAGAGUUAGUAUACAUGAAGCAAUGGAACAACAAUCGAUUUCUAUAUCUAAAGCAGGUAUUGUUACAACUUUAAGAGCAAGAUGUGCAGUUAUUGCUGCUGCAAAUCCUAUUUAUGGUAGAUAUGAUCCUACAUUAACUUUUAAGGAAAAUGUCGAUCUAUCGGAUCCCAUAUUAAGUAGAUUUGAUCUAAUUACUGUUUUGAGAGAUAUACCAAAUGUAGAUGAAGAUUUUUACCUUGCUGAAUAUGUUGUAACUAAUCAUCAGUUAAGUCACCCUAAAUUAGAAAAUACUCAAAAUUAUCAAAAAAGAAUUGAAAAUUUGAAGAAUGUUAUUGUUUCUUCUUCAGCAUAUGAACCAAUACCACAAGACUUAUUACAAAAAUAUAUUAUCUAUGCCAGGACGAACUGUAAACCAAGUUUAUCAGAUGUCCCAUAUGCAGAAAUUAGUGCGAAGCUCUCUAAUUUUUAUAGUAGAGUAAGGCAAAAAGCUAGUGCAUCUGGUGGCUAUCCAUUAACCUUAAGACAUAUUGAAAGCAUUAUAAGAAUUGCUGAAGCUAAUGCAAAAAUGCGAUUGUCUCAACAAAUUGUUUCAAAAGAUGUAGAUUAUGCUAUAGCUACUUUAUUGGAAUCGUAUGUUUCUUGUCAAAGAUUUGCUGUAGCCAAACAAUUAAGUAAAGAAUUUGCUAGAUACAGAGCUUUAUUUAGAGGUGGUCAUGAAGUUUUAUGUGAAUUAGUUAGAAGAACUAUUCAACAAAUAAUACAGAGAGAAAAUUUAAAAAAUGCUUCUGCAAAAGAUUUUCAUAAUGAUGCUGAAUCAGGAACGGAAAAUGAAACCGAGUUUUUAAAUCCUAAUAAUGUUUUCUUACCCCUACACAUUUUCAUGAAAACAGCUAUGCAAAAUAAAUUUUCUGAAUAUCAAAUUGUCAACUGGAUGAAGUCUAAAGUUUUUAAUGAACAUUAUUCGGUUGUCAAGAGAGACGGGGUGGAAGGAAUAAUAAGUAAAAAAUUUAAAAUUUAG